AUUAUACAUCAUUUAUUUGUCACAAAGAAACUAUUCACUAGUCACAAGAAUUCAGGAGAACCUAUUCACUUGAAAAAGUCUACAUUUAGUGUCACCAUGCCUUUAACAGUGAAUAUCAUACGUUGCAAAAUUUAUGGGAAGCCGGUGUCACGGUGACGUCAUUACCGCGUGCCCGUUUCUUUCUGCUUAUUAAUGACAUUUUUUCCAUUUUCUGGCCGAUGCUUGAUCUUUUAAAUGCAAAUAAUAUUUUUUUCAAACAACUGGAAAUCAUUCUUUCAUUAUUGUUGAGUGAUGAAUAUUUUUUAGCAGUUGAAUGAAGUUCUGUAUUCACUCCGGAAAGAAGUACUUCCUGUGAGCACCAGUCCGCUAGGGUGCGCUUUUUUAAAACUUCCGACGAAACUUUUCAAAUCCAUCACCAAGUGUGAAAGUAUACUUGCGUUACCCUAAAGCUCGAUUCUCGAGCAGGCCCUUUGGGCCUGCUCUUCAAGCUCGCUAUAAAGUGGUGAUAUCACAAUUUGGCAAUAUGUGGUAAAUAUUACAGAUCAGUUUAAGGAAAAAGGUAACUGAUAUGUUCCACCAUGCUUAUGAUGGCUACAUCAGACAUGCAUAUCCGUAUGACGAGCUCAGACCAUUAACUUGUGAUGGACAUGACACUUGGGGCAGUUACUCACUGACACUGAUAGAUGCACUUGACAUGUUGGUGAUUAUGGGGAACACAAGCGAGUUCCGGCGUGUUGCUAACCUGGUCAUAGAAAAGAUGGACUUCGAUGAUGAUAUUAAUGUCUCUGUGUUUGAGACAAAUAUCAGAGUUGUUGGAGGCCUUCUAUCAGCUCACCUGAUGUCAAAGAGAGGUGGUUUGGACCUUGAACCAGGCUGGCCAUGCUCUGGUCCCCUGCUAAGAAUGGCUGAAGAUGUUGCUAGGAGACUGUUACCAGCUUUUGAUACACCAACUGGUAUGCCAUAUGGAACAGUGAACUUAAUGUAUGGUGUUCCAACAGGGGAGACAACUGUGACAUGUACUGCAGGAGUCGGCACAUUCCUGGUUGAGUUUGGAGCACUAAGUAAACUCACUGGAGAUCCGAUAUUUGAGAAAGUUGCUAUGAGGGCUAUGAAAAGUCUCUUCAAAGCUCGCUCAUCAAUUGGCCUGGUAGGAAAUCAUAUAGAUGUGGCAACAGGAAAGUGGACAGCGUUGGAUUCUGGAAUUGGGGGUGGGGUGGACUCGUACUUCGAGUAUCUUGUUAAAGGAUCUAUCAUGUUCCAAAAUACAGAACUUCUGGAUAUGUAUAAUGAAUACCUUGUUUCAGUGGAGAAGUAUUUGAAGAAAGAUGAUUGGUAUAUGUGGGCACAUAUGACAAAGGGAUCAAUAAGUCUACCAAUAUUUACCUCCCUUGAUUGUUACUGGCCAGGAGUACAGGCCAUGUUAGGUCAAGUGGACAAGGCCAUGAAAUCCCUACAUAACUUCCAUCAAGUAUGGAAACAGUUUGGAGGUCUGCCAGAGUUCUACAAUAUUGUGAAGAAUGAAGCAUAUGGUGGCAGGGAGGGUUAUCCUCUUAGACCAGAGCUGGUUGAAGCAGCCAUGUAUUUAUACCAAGCCACAAAGGAUCCAUACUUAUUAGAGAUCGGUGUAGACAUGCUGGAAUCUAUAGAACAGAAUACCAAGACAAGUUGUGGAUAUGCCACUAUCAAGGAUGUGACAACACAUACACUGGAGAACAGAAUGGAAAGUUUCUUCUUAGCAGAAACCACAAAAUACCUGUACCUGUUGUUUGACCCUGACAAUUUCAUGCACAACACAGGUGAUCAUGGUACAGUGAUAGAUACACCAAAUGGACAGUGUGUUAUAGAUGCAGGUGGCUAUAUUUACAAUACUGAAGCCCAUCCUAUAGACACAAGUGCUUUAUAUUGCUGUAGUGCAGAGAAGAAAGAAGAUGACAUUGAACUUCAGAAUUUCCAUGACAACCUUGACCUUCUGACCUUAUUUGAUAUUAAUGAGAAUAAGGAUGUAAUACAAGGGGUAAAAUGGGAUAAAAGGAGAAAGGAAGAUUAUCUAGAUGAAAUCAUGGGUGAAAGUUUACAAUUUCUAAAUAUUGAUAACAACAAGUUGAAUGUUCUUGGAAACUUAGGUGGAAGCCAUCAAGCUAUUAUGUCAACUAAAGGGGAAAAGUUUGUUGUCAAAGAUGCAAAAGUAACAUCAGUUACUAUUGAUGGAUUCAAAGCAGAAGUUAAUAACCAAGAUAUAUUAAUAAAAAUUCAAAGUUCCCAAAAAGAUCAAACAAAAUUUAAUGGUCAGAGUGAAAAUAUUGAAAUUAGACAGGAUACUGCAUCAGCAGAGGAGAGAAAAUUUGAAGAAGUUUGUGAUCAGGAUGGCACAUGCAAAAAAGUUGGUUUAGAAUUAAGUAUGAAAAAGUAUACAAAAGAAGAAAAUAUAAAUGAUCCAGAUCCUGUCUUCGAUACUGAGAAAGAGAAGAUAGGGGAAGAGACAGGUUCUGUGGAUGCAACUUCAGACAGCAAAGUUGAGGAACAUGAUAGUUCAGAUACCAAAGUAGAGAAAGUUAUGGAUACAGAUGUAAAUGUUGAAGAUGAGAAUAAAGAUAAUGUUAAUAUCAAUACAGAGAGUAAAGUUAGUAAUACUGAUAAAGUUGAUGCAGUAUCUGACAUUGAAAGUGAAACUGUAAAUGUUGGUGAUGAAAAGGAAGGUGCUAAUUCAGAGACAGCAGCAGCUAGUGAAGAUCUCAAAAUAGAACAUGCCGAAAAUGAAGGUGAUAAAGAUACCAUAAUAUAUGUACAUGCAGCCAAAGAUAAUAUAAUCAAAACUGAGAAUAAAGUAACAGAGAAUAUACAAACAAAAGUUGAUUCUUCUGAAACUGCACAAAGUUAUAAUAUAAAAGUAAAAACAGAUAGUCAGACUGUAAGGACUGAACCAGUAACAAUGACUAUAACUAAACAGCUUAAUGCUAAAACUGGCACGGAAAAAUUCAAAGAUGUUUUAAAUAUUAUCAAGAGUUUUACUGAAGACUAUCUUUCAAAUAAAGGUGUUAAAAGUAUGAAAUCUUUACAUGAUAAGUUGAAAUAUUACAGUUUAUUUCAUAGACAGAAACAUGAACUAUUGACUUGUGAAGCUCAACCAUUCCAUAUGAAGUUUUCAUUAAUGGGUGAAAUGUUUGUCACAGAAUAAUAAUUUGAUGUAUUGUUUAUUUAUGAUAGUAUUUUACACAGAAAGUUUUGCACAACAAAACUUUUAUAAAAAGGAUUUCCGUUGAGAAUGACUGAAGGCUAAAUAAUUCAUUCUGCUUGGAAGAUUUUAUUAUAGGAAAGAGUUAAUGUUAUGUAAUGCAUAAUGUCUGUAUUAGUUAAACACAUGUUAAAUGCAAUUCAAAAUAUGAUUACAAUACAAAAGCUAUGUGCAUUAUUAUAUAUGGGACAUUAUUUAUUUUUUUAGCUUUAAAAUGUUCGUUUUGACUAUUAAAUUAAUUAUUUGACCAAUCUGACAUGCUUUACAAACUGUUUAGUUAAUAGUUAUCACUGUGACAUUCUAAACAACCUUACAUGUUCAUAGUGACUGGUCUACUAUUCUGAACAAACCUGAUUGGACAAUAGUUACCACUGUUAAUAGUUACCACUGUGACAUUCUAAACAGACUGACAGGUUAAUAGUAACUAGUUUAAUGCCUGAACAAACUGUGACUGUUUAAUAUUAAAUAUGAUAUUCCUGGCAUGCUAAACUAACUGUGGCUAAAAGUGGCCUGUGUGAAAUGCUAAAUAUAAUAGUGACAUGUCCGGCAUGCUAAACAAACUGAUCAGUUAAAUGUGAUUGAUCUGAAAUGCUAAACAAACUGUUCUGACAUUCUAAACAAACUGUAACUGGUUGAAAGGGACUGUUCUGAUAUGCUAAAGGAAACAUUCCUGAUUUAUAGUGAUUUAGUAUGAUAUGCUAAACAAACCGUGGCUGGUUAGUAGUGCUAUUACUGUACAGGAACUGAAAUUAUGUUUUGAGAAAACCAGACAGUACUUGUUUGAGAUCUUUGUUAUUACAUGACAUGCAUGAUACUCUCUUAUUGAGUUUAAAAUGGAUUAUUCUUGCAUUCCAAAGAGGAUUUUCUUGUGUUUUUGCGGGUUCUGGAAGAACUCAUCUUACAACCUGUGUGUAAGAUGACUCAAGAUGUUAUUUAUGAAUGAAUGCAUAAAUUCCUAUGCUUCUGUAAUAAAAUAGUGUCUAAAAGAAAAUAAAUUAAUAAUUGUAGAAUAUGGUAUGCAAGAAAAAAAGUCUUACCAAGUAACCAUUAGUUGAAAGUGUAGUUCGAAAUAUCUGGCUCUAAGUGUUUUGCAGUAGCUAGGCAGAGCCUCAUUACCGCCUAAACAGUUACCCUUGAGCCAGAUAUUUUCAUCUUCACCUUCAGCCAGUGAAAGGUUCUUAUAUUGAUAAAACACAGUGUAAUUUAUGAUUGUCAGUAUGUGUUGAAAAAGAGAAAUUGUCUCCAUGAAUCAUUGUUUAAUAUAUAGUUUUGAUUUUUGAAAUGUGUUUUUGAAAUCCAUUAAAAUGGUGAGGUGUUAA